CUUCUUCAGUGUGAUGGAAACUUGUACGAUGCCAUGUCAGUUGCCAUCAAGGCAGCUCUCUUCAACACAAAAAUUCCCAGAGUUAACAUAUCAUCGGACGAUGAGGGAGGAAAAGAGAUCGAGCUGUCCGACGACCCGUUCGACUGCAUGAGACUCAACGUGGAGAACGUUCCCUGCGUCGUGACUUUGUGCAAGGUGGGACACAGGCACGUGGUGGACGCCACGCUGCAGGAGAAGACCUGCUCCGUGGCGAGCCUCAUCAUCUCCGUCACUCAAAAAGGAACGGUCACCUGCGCCAGGAAGGUGGGCGGGGGCAGCCUGGAUCCAGAGAGCGUCUUCGAGAUGACCGAGGCGGGGAAACGAGUCGGGAAAGCUCUCCACGCUCCGCUCAUGAAGCUGCUGCAGCAGGAAGAAAGCCUGGGCAAAAAGAGACACAAAGUUGGCUUCCUUGGUUAAAAAAAAUGUUUUUUUAGUGUUUGUAUUUAUUUACACAUGAUUUUGUUGAAUUAAAAUGUCCUGUUCGUA